GCUUAUCUUUGUUUCGCCAUCUGCUCGUCUUACCCGCCCUUGGGACCGGUCCUUUGGAUCCUGAACUGAGCUAAGCCGCGAUUGUGAUGGGAAAUGAGUUUAUCCCCUCUGGGGAUUCCCCAUUUCUUCGUUUCGUCAUCCGCUCAUCUUAAUCGCCCUUUAGCCCGUUCCUUUGGAUCUUCAGCUGAGCUAGGCCGCGAUUGUGAUGGGAAACGGUUUUAUCCUUUUGAGGAUUCCCCGGUGUCCCUCUAUUUUUUUAGGGGUCUUAUCUUUGUUUCGCCAUCCGCUCGUCUUACCUGCCCUUGGGCCCGGUCCUUUGGAUCCUGAGCGGAGCUAAGCCGCGAUUGUGAUGGGAAAAGGGUUUAUCCCCUUUGGGGAUUCCCCAUUUCUUCGUUUCGUCAUCCGCUCGUCUUCUUCGCCAUUUAGCCCGAUCCUUUGGAUCCUGAGCUGAGCUAGGCCGCGAUUGUAAUGGGAAACAGGUUUAUCCUUUGAGGAUUCCCCGGUGCCCCUCUAUAUUUUUUUGAGGGGUCUUUGAAUAUGAUGAUGGCACCGUACUAGGGGGUCGGUGGCUAUAUAAAGGUGUCGGCGUUGGGGCCGAUCUUUAAUAAUCAAUCAACGGUCCUCAUCUGCGAGGAGCAGGGACGAGGCCGGUCUUCAAGUAUGAUGAUGGCACCGUACCUGGGGGGUCGGUGGCCAUAUAAUGAUGUCGGCACUAGGGGCCGAUCUGAAAGAAUUAAUCAACGGUCCUCAUCCGCAAGUAUCGGGGAUGAGACCGAUCUUCAAAUAUGAUGAUGGCACCGUACCAGGGGGUCGGUGGCCAUAUGAUGAUGUCGACACUGGGGCCCGAUCUGAAAGAAUCAAUCAACGGUCCUCAUCCGCGAGAAGCGGGGACGAGGCCGGUCUUCAAAUAUGAUGAUGGCACCGUACCAGGGGGUCGGUGGCCACGAAAUGAUGUCGGCACUGGGGGCCGAUCUGAAAGAAUCAAUCAAUGGUCCUCAUCGCGCGAGGAGCGGGGACGAGGCCGGUCUUCAGAUAUGAUGAUGGCACUGUACUAGGGGGUCGGUAGCCAUAUGAUGAUAUCGACACUGAGGGCCGAUCUGAAAGAAUCAAUCAACGGUCCUCAUGCGCGAGGAGCGGGGAUGAGGCCGGUCUUGAAAUAUGAUGAUGGCACCAUACCAGGGGGUCGGUGGCCAUAUGAUGAUGUCGGCACUAGAGGCCGAUCUGAAAGAAUCAAUCAACGGUCCUCAUCUGCGAGGAGCGGGGACGAGGCCGGUCUUCAAAUAUGAUGAUGGCACCGUACCAUGGGGUCGGUGGCCACGAAAUGAUGUCGACAUUGGGGCCGAUCUGAAAGAAUCAAUCAACAGUCCUCAUCCGCGAGGAGCGGGGACGAGGCCGGUCUUCAAAUAUGAUGAUGGCACCGUACCAGGGGGUCGGUGGCCAUGAAAUGAUGUCGGCACUAAGGCCGAUUUCUGAGAGAAUCCAUCAACGGUCCUCAUCCGUGAGGAGCGAGGACAAGGCCGGUCUUCAAACAUGCUCGUCCCACGGCCCUUGGCCGUGAUAGUCUUCUUGAGGUCCUCGGCCUCCUGGUGGAUAUACUCGUCUCACAGCCCUCGGCCGUGAUAGACUCCUUGGGACCCUCGGUCUCCUCUAGCCAUGAACGCCCCGACCAUGAACAUCUCUGCGCUUCAUGCUGAACGUCGUUGACCUCUCCGCUCAAAUCUAUCGAACGACUUUGAAUGAUUCUGUCAACGUUGCCGAUCAUGAACGUCUCUGCGCUUCAUGUCGUCAUUGAUCUCCCCGCUUGAGUUUAUCGAACGGCUUUGCCUGAUUGUGAUUUCUUCUUUUCUCUGCCAGUCAUGAAUGUCUUCGCGCUUCAUGCCAUAUAACAUGGGUCUCCCAGCUCGAGUAUAUCGAAUGGAUUCCACUGCACAAUAAGCAUGGUAACAAGGCUGUACGGCCCGACAACAUAUAUACACAUGUAAAGCAGUCAUUUUUUAUGUUCAUUAACAUCGGCAUGAACAAUCAUAAUAGUAAUACGGCUGCACGGCUGAACAACCCAUACGAUGUACAUGUAUAGCCCCUUGGCCUAGAUUUAUUUGCCGUACUGGGUACAGUUGCCGUUCGGGCACUUGAUGCCGAGCGGAACCACAAAUGAUUUCUAAAUUAAAAUACGUCGUCGGGCAAUGCCCUUGAGAGACGCUUCUGUCAACUGACUUGGGCUGAUCGGGAGUUGUUUGAUACGCCCACUCAAACCACACAUUUAAUUAAAAUGUUGGUGGACUUGUUAAUAAAGUUUUGUUCGACACUAUUUUAUUCGGAGUGUUCUCACCCCUAACAAAUAACGGUGAUGUGCAAAAAUAAUAGCAAUAACACUAUAUAAAGCCAUUAAUAUUCUAAUGUAGUAGCACUUGAUGCUGAUCGGAGGCGGGUCGACUACUAAUUUACGUCGAUCAGGGACGGGCCAAUAGGCCCACCUAAACCGGACAUUUAACUUCAAAAUGACGGUGAAUAUCAUUGGAGUUUCCCUCGACAUUAUUUAACUCGGGAUAUUUUAAUUCCUAAUGAAUAAUAGUGAUAAAAGCUGAUAGCAAUGAUGUUAUUUGAAAUUAAUUGCCAGUGAGGAAUUGGAUACUUAGCUUUUGAAAUGGAGCUUUAGACUUUUCGAGAUUUCCCUCAAGUUAGACUGGGUUGCCCAACAAUUUGACUUUGGUCAAAGUCCUCCACAAGAUUCAAAAUCCCCUGGUUGCGCCACCUCAAUUGCUACUGUACGUGUUCAAAACCUUUCAAUUUGAUCUGACCUGCUUAGAGCAAAAAGAUCCGGCCCAAAUUUCUCUACCCACUUAUGUUUUUCCAAUUUUUAGAAGCAUCGAGAGGGAAGUAUCCUCAAUUCCUCACUUGCGACAAGUCCUCCCACUGAGCGUCGUCAAAAUCCAAAAAGCCGUUCGUCCACCAAGAGCUGUCCAGCGAAGGUCCGUGGGUGCUGUCGGGGUCCGAGGCGAGCGGUAGCCAGAGCCGGUGAGAAGGACGAGCGUCGGGGACUGACCGUUGGGUAGUGCUUUGGAAGCCGGGCGGUCAGCCCACACGGUGUCCGAGCUGCCCAUGGGGUGUGUUGAAAAACGGAUGGCAUUUGAUAGGCCGGGCGGCCAUCCCACAGGUCCAAAGCCGAGCAGGGAAGAGCGGCCAAGCGGCUAACUAGUCUUCAAGGGGUCCAAGUUAAUCAGGGGCUGAGCGGUGAAGGUCUGGCCAAUCAGUGGAGGCUCGAGCAGAGCCUCCUAUCCAUGCUGAACGAGGCAAGGUAUUCCCCAAGGCAGAUCUGAUUCUGAUACAGUGCGGCGUCACAGCAGAGCCUCGAGCAUUGGCCUAAUCUAAUGCGUUGAUUUAGGCCUUAGGGGUUCCAUUUUCAGCUCGGCCGCUGUGGUGACACAGUCGAUGAUGAAGCGUGUCCAGUGGUCUUACGCCGAGCGAUGAGGAUAGGUGCUCUAGCUGGGACCAACCCCCUUGUUUAGGAGGCAAACAACACCAUAAUUCAUCACGUACAUCCUCGAUGGGGGAAUGAGCGGUUCUAUUUGCCAGGCGUCUUAUGUGUCGGGCGGCAGGACGUCAGCGUCGGUCUAAGUGUUCAAGAGACCAGAAUUCAGAGCGGCCACCCCACCAGGGCUCCGAGCUAUCUAGGGGACGAGCGGUGUUGACCACCGGGUGACGUUUAAACAUUGAGCAGGGCCAUUGAAGCUGGGCGGCCAGCCUACAAGUUCCUUGCUGACCCUGAAGUGCAUUGAGAACCGAGCGGUGUAUCGCCGGUUAGUGAGCUGAUCUGGUCGGCCGGAGUUGUAUUGCGUUUGCUGAGCAGCGGAAUUACAUCGGGACCUGGUCUCUCCCUGACAUGCGACGCUCGGAUUGCAGGGGAGUUCCCACUUCAAAGUCAUGUCGGACGAAGACGAAUGACGUCUUGGAGGACGAGCGUACGAUGCUGAUUUUGCUUGAUGGUAAACUGUCCAUGAUUAAGAGUAGGGCUCACAUUUUGAACCGAAAAACCGAAAACCGAACCGAAAAUAACCGAACCGUUUUAGAAAAAAACCGAACCGGACCGAACCGAACGAAAUUGGGUGCCAAUAAUCGGGACCCGAAAAAAAAUCGGUUCGGGUUCGGUUUAUGUGCACAAAAUAUCGAUUCGGACCGAACCGAAUCGACAUUUUUAUAUUAAUAAUAAUAAUUGUUAUUUAUAAUAACAAUAAUAAUUAAUGACGUUUAAUAAAGGUAUAAUACUAAACCGAGCAUGAUUUGAUCAUACUUGAAGAGUAGUCGAGUUAGUUAGCCACCGUUUGUCGUCUCUCGUAGGUCGCGUGUUCGAUUCCUGAGUAAAGUUAAGUUUUGUUUUUUCAGCUUCUUUUCCUAUUCUCUUUAUUCUUGUCCCACAUCGGAAAGGAAAAUAAGAAGCUUCGUACUCCAAAACUUGAAUAUAAAUAAGGUCCCCUUAGUGUAGAAUGCCAAGAUAUGUCUUUGGAAGCUAAGUUACGUUUUGGGCUUCCGUUGGGCUAAUUGGGCUCCAAUAUUGGCAAGUUCCAAUUGGCUUUAAUCAAUUGAAUAUCAGUUCAAAUUUAUUUAUAACAAUUUAGUCGGUUUCUUUCGGUUUUCGAUAAACCGAACCGAAAAAAUCGGGUACCAAAAAUCGGUACCGUUCGUACAACGGUUCGGUUCCGGUUCUGAUAAUUUGGUAUACCGAAAUAUCAGUUCGGUUCGGGUAUGUACCGAAUCGGUUCGGAACCUGAACCGAAACUAGCCCUAAUUAAGAGGCCGACAACUUGGUCUGAGCGGCACUCACCCGCGGAUCUCUGAGGAGCGCAGACAACCAGGACUCAAGCCAAACUCUUUGGACGAGCUGUGCCAUGAGACUGUACGGCAAAUGGGUCGGAGGCCACGUUUACUUUGCAGAUGGCAGAUUGCCACUGCUCCGACCAACAGCAAGUUGGACUGAUGCUUCGAGUGAAAAUGGCUGGGCGGUGCGUGGACCGGACGGGGAUUGGUGCUUCUGGAUGACCCGGGCAGUGAGGACCAUACGUAUGGCGUAGCUCAGACUUCACGCAAGCCGUCCGGGAGCUAUUCCUUGCAAAAAUGGAAAACAAACUUGUGAGCCCCAUCAUGUUGUGCUUAGGUUUUCGCAGGGCGCAUGACCUUUGACAGAGGUACGCCGAACGACCAUCGAAAUGGAGAUGCAGGGUAAAGAGGUUCGGUUUGUAAUUGAGAUCACGCUGGGCGUAUCAAGAUUGACCGAGUACGACUGUCAUUGCGUUGUUAUACAAAUCCUGGUUCCUGCCUUGUUUAGUUUUAUGAAGUGGAAUAGCGUGUGAGGAAAUGGCGGCCAUAUUCCAGGUAGCCUCCCGUUCACCUUAGUCGGUCGGCCUGUGACUCGGAUGUUCAUCUGGAAGUCGGACGCUCGGGAUGGUUAUUAAACUCGGAGCAUCCUAGGCCAUGGCUCCUGUUCGGCGCUUCAAUGCAAUCCAUUAUGGAUCUCCUUGUCACAUCACCGUCACAUCAAGCAGGUAUUUGACAGCUCUUUGCUCUGACCUUGGGUCCCAUUAUUGUUCAUUUGUGUACUCCGGUGGCCGAUGUUGACAUUGGAUCCUUAUCUCUAUCAUUUCAUGUUUGAGCAUGAAAUUUUAUUCUGCUUUGGGCCCUUCUGCGGAUGACUUCAGCGGCUGGUUUUAUGGCCCCGACCACGACCAACCCCCACUUGCUUUUCUCCUUUAUUUCAUUUCGUUGACACCCGUUUGAGCUGACAUUUGCUAGCUCAUCUUCUUCCAUUAUAUUUUUUUUCUCUUUAGCGAACAGUGAGCUCGAGAGAGCUGAAAACUCAGAACACAUGAAAUCUUUUAGAACUUUUCUCACAGACGGCGCCAGUGUUGAAUUUAAUCCAACACGAUAUAAUAAAUAUAGUGUUGAGGUUUAUUCCCCUCAACCCGCAAGCCCAACACGUAACCUGGGGGUUUCGAAUGGGUAGAAGGCAAAUGAACUCACUAAAUCAACGGGGAUGGAUUAAAUGACUGUUUUCUUCAAUAUUAUGAUUACAAGCCGAAAAGGCCGAACGUACUGAAAAUAUGCUACGUACUGCUGACGCUAUUACAACUCUAGAGUCACGAUGUGCAAACCCUUUACAAUGAAAUAAAUGCGACUAUUUAUAGUACCCCCUAGUGGUUGGGGGGGCUCACGUGGCCGGUACGGCUGUGGGCGACAUGAUUCCAACUACCAAAUCUUCAGCAUUAAAUGCGCUUCCCGCCAAGAUCUUGGUUUCCCGCCAUAACGCGGGGGACGUCCGUCCCCUAAACCGGACUCAACUCUUUGAUGGCAACCUGGGCCUUUAAGCAUAGCCCACAAGACGUCCAUCCCCAUGUCCUUGGACCCUGAGGCCUGGCUAUGACGGCUACGUACGUCCCCUGGCCCUUGAACCCUGAGGCCUGGCUAUGACGGGCUACGUACGUCCCCUGCCCUUUAGGCCUUGAGGCCUGGCUAUGGUGGGCCACGUACGUCCCUUGGUUCUUGGGCUUCAGGGGUUGAUGGGCCGGUCCUGGAAGGCCAUUAACCCAACACAAGUCCCCCAUUUCGAAUGUUCCGAGCCUGGGCGGGACAUGAAGAAGUAAGAUCACUUCCGCCGUACGCUUUGAGCCGUUGCUCCCUUUUCCCUAGGUGACGGUUGCUUUCCGCCGUACCGCCUUGAGCCAUUGCUCCCUUUUCCGUAGGUGACAGUUACUUUCCGCCGCUGUUUGCGGGGCUCUAGGUGCCAGCUAUCAUGCCGGUUCAACUUCCAAUAAAAAAGUAAUCAUUCCGUAUCAGCCCGUCUCUAUGCGACACACGUCCCUGUAUGCGCUCCUUGCCACGUGUCGCCCGCGGUUUGGUUGUUGAGUCGGUGCCCUCCCCUAUAAAUACCGGAAAUCAGGGAAGGGUUAGGGCUUUUCAUCUGUUAUCUUCUCUUGCCUUCUCUUGUGCCGAUCGGUGAGUAUUUCGGUCCCGAUGUUUGUUUCUUUUCCAAGCUUCUAGCUAAGGUAAAUCCCCGACUCCAAUCUUCUCCUUCCUUCUCGUAUAUCUCCCCAUGGCCUGCUCCAUGGAGAUUUCUUCCUCCUCGGAGACUAGCUCCGGCUCUUCUACCGGUUCUUCGGCUGGUUCAUCUUCGGCGUCAGAACUCAGAUCCCGUUCUUCAGCUGAGGCGAGUGGUUCUGGUCGUUCCAGCGCCUCUUCAAUGGCAGUCCCUGAUGUAGUGAUCGAUGUCGCCAUCCCGGUCGCAGGGGAACAAGUUGACAUGGCCGUUGACCCUGAAAACACCGUUGCAAUGGCGGCACAACCUGCCGCGGCGGCGGGGCAUCCAGCCGACCACGACUCGGGUGAGGAGGCUGAAGAAGGGGAUGACCUCCGAAUCUACAAGCGGGGCAUCCACAUGGACGAUCAUAGGCACAUUGUGCUUAUUCCGAACGUAGCUGUGAUCGAGCAGGUUUUUUCCAAAAGGGCCUUGAGGGAGCUGCAAGUUAUCCUCCCCCCACCUGCCUAUUAUAGCCUCCGGAGCGCAGAUGACCUCUUCAUGAGACGUCCGGGGAUGGUGAUGGUACAUCUGGACUCUCUGAAGACCGGACUGCGGUUCCCGUUGCAUCCGUUUUACCUGGACUUCUUCGAGUUCUACAGCGUGGUCCCGGCUCAAUUCAUGCCAAACUCCUACCGCCAGAUCUCUGCGUUCUUUGUCCUUUGCAAAUCAUUGGGGCUCGCUUUCUCCCUGGAGCUGUUCCAUUAUUUUUUCCAAGUUACCCCCAAAAUGCUGAUGGGUUCCUGAGCGUGGCCGCUCGUCCCAAGAGGAAGCUGUUCGAGGGGGCUCCCUCCUCUAUAUAUCCAUGACUGGAAGAACCGUUAUUUCUUUAUUCGUUAUGCGGACGAUCGGCUCCCUGUACGAUGGAAUGGGUACCCUCCGAAGGUCCAGACACCGGAGCUGACCCCAGUGUUGCGAGAAGCCGUGGACAAGCUGAGGCUGGGCGGCGUUAGGAAAUUAAAAGGCCUUCUGGACAUCGUCGUGAUGCUAGCUACAGCCCGUGCAGCUGCUCAAAUCCUCUGGGGCUACCUCUUCAGCCGCGUCCCAGGCUAGUCAGCGGGUUGCCGAUGCAGAGCGGCUUCUGGUCGUUGAGGUGACCGGGCAAACCUCUGAGGCCCCUCCUCCAGAUAACCGGGUUCUGAAUGUGAACCCGGUCGGCGUUGCUAUCCCUGCUGGCGGGGAUAAGGAUAAGGGGAAGAAGACGAAGAGGCCGCGUCUUGAGCCUUCUGCUCCCAAGUCUACGAGCGUCGCGGUUCCCUCCGCCGUUCGACCCAUUUCUGAGGUCUGGAAGGACAUGGCCCUCCAGACCAGGCUGGAGUUAUCAGGUCGUUCCCCGGGCGACUCUGUUGAUAACGCCCUGCUUCUGAGCCUUGAGGUAUGUUCUCUAGCCGUUCUCUGUGUUAUCUUCUGACUCUGCUCCUCGUUUCCACCUAAACCAUUUUCCUUUUUUGCAGGCCGGGCUGAGCUUGCUGCAGGUUAGGUCUGCUCGGGAGAGAGAUCUCGCCGAGCUCAGGAAGAAGGUCGAUGCGGCCCUUAAGAGGGAGCAGGAGGCUUCGCUGCAGCGGGAGGCCGCUCAGGCAGAGGCGAAGAAGGCGCAGGCUGCCCUGGCCCAGGCCCAACAGGAGCUCCAGGCCGUUCGUGCUCAGGGCGAACGUGAAAAACAAGGCCUGCUCGCCAAGGUAGCCCUUGCUGAGAAGCAUGGGAUUUCGUUUGUUCCUGCCGCAGACCCUGCCCCCCGUCCCGAAGGUGGAGAUCCUUCCCCCCGACGUUCUGACCCUGUCCCUUAACGUGGAGGAAUUCAAGAAAACUUCUCAGUUCCUCCAGGCUGCUUAUGAAUAUAUAAAAUUCACAUCACUACAUUAAACAAAUCUAAAUCGAUUAUUUAGAUUUAAUACAACAAAUGCAUACAAGAUUCAGAUACAAAGACCACAAUACCCAUGUUUAACACAUUUUUUUGGACCCAAGAAGUCGUCAAAUAGACAGGGUUAGCGACCCCGGAAACGCUAACCGUGGAUUUAGGUUAUGUUUGGCAGAACGAGCUGAAGCUGAAGACUUUUGUCUGAAUUCAGGGCUAUUGUCUGAAUCCGAGACUAUUGUCUGGAACUGAACUUUAAAGUGCUGAAUCUGAACUCUUAGCUGCAUGAAGUACUGUUUGACAAAAAGAGUUGAAAAUUGUCCAACUAAUAUGAAAUUACAUUAAAGGGUAUAUGUUAAUUAACACAAUAAAUAUUUAUUAUAAUGCUUUUAUAAUUUAAUAAAUAUUGAGAUUGUAAUACAUGUUUAUAUGUAUGUAUACUCAUAUAAAAUAUAGUGCAUUAUAUACAAAAAAAAUUAAAACGCUUCAGUAUAUUAAACAAAAAAAAAAUACUACGUAUUAAAAUUUGGUCAUAGCAUGCUCCACUAAUUCAAGCCAUCCAUGAGGAGAUGGUUCUAUUGGGUGCAGUUCAUCAAAGGUGAGAGUUUGAAAAGGUGCAAACAGAUAAGAAAUCUAUUGCUCUCCGGAAGAAAGAUUAAAAUUUGCUGAUUCUUAGAAAUAUAACUUUGGAAUCCGCAUAAAAAAUGUAACUUGGAGAAAAGAAAGAGAGUCGAUGGAGUAUCUCACUGAACUUGAACAAGGAUAUAUUGGGAAUUGCAUGUCUGAAACUAUGCGGCGGCUGAGUGUAAACGUUACCUUCCUCAACGUUGGAGUUCAGCCCUAUUAUUUGAGAUCAAGCCCAAUUCAGCCCUCCCAACAAACAAGUCUACUUUAAUCAAAAUUGACUGAAUUUUAAAGAUUUCAGCCCUUUUUUGGCUGAACUGGCAUGCCAAACAUAACAUUAAUGAACCAAACCCCCUCAUGAAAUAUAAAUUCGGCACAUUAGCCCCAUGUAAUUUAAAAAAUGCGUCAAACCCCCCUUUGUUAUAAUUAAUCAUGCGCCAAACCCCCUCCUAGAACAAAUUUAAUUUCCCAAAAAAUGAAAAAUGAUUAGUUUUUUUGUAUAAUUUAUAAAUUUUGACAAAGUUACUUGCAUAUUCAACCAUGUUAUUUAAAAAAGUGAUUUCAAAAUUGUAAAAUUUGUUCUUGAAAGGGUUUUUGCACAUGAUUAAUUAAAAUACAGGUUUGUCGCAUUUUUUAAAUCACAGGAGGUUAAUACGGCGAAUAUAUAUUUCACCGGGAGGUUUGAUGCAUUUAAAUCUUCUUAACGUUUUUGCAUGGUCGAAACCCUUAGAAAAGGUCCGGCGCAGCAUGGUCAAGCCCAUUUUAAUCUAUGAGCCCAAAAUAAGUGACGGGUUGCAGACAAUAAAAAGGAAUAAAAUCAGCCGAACAUAAAUCAGCGGAAACUAAUGCGAACCCUAAAAUCUAACAUACGACGUUUAGAGAGAUAUAGAGUAUGAAUGAGGCGGCGUUCUGGGGAAUGCGAAGAAGCGCCGUUUUGAUGAUCGAUGCUCUGGCGUUCUGGGGAAUGCGAAGAAGCGCCGUUUUGAUGAUCGAUGCUCUGUCGUCCAUGCGUCCAGGGCCCUGUGUCGGCCGUCUUCCCUCUCCGGCUCUCCGAGUCCGACUAGCUUUGCCUCUAUCUCCAUGUAUACUCUAAAUUCAAAUACUCUUUUACACUAUUUUUCUUGAUUAAACUUGUAUUAUUUGUUAAACAUUGUAUUAUUUGUUAAGCAUUGUAUUAUUUUGUGAAACAUUGUUAAUCUAUUUGAAUAUUUGAUGAACCGAGGACCUGGAGUGAUUGUGUCAUUGUGUUUUAUAUGUGAAACAUUGUAUUAUUUUGUGACUGUGUUAUUAUGUAUUUUUUUAGUUUUGUAAAUCUAUUUGAUUCUUAAUUGAAUUUUUCAGUACAUAAUAAAAUAGUGUUUAUUCAUUAUAAAUUUAUAAUGGUUAAUAAUAAAUUGUUUUUUCCAAAAAAUGAUUAAAGAUAAAAUUAAAGAUUAGUGAAUGAUUUAUUUAUUAUACAAUUGAAGAUUAGAGAAUAAUUUAUUUAUUGUGUGGACAUGUAAGAAAUAGUUAAAAAUUUCAACUGAAAUUUGAAAUACUAGAAUCUUUAAUAAUCAUUAAUAAAUUUAUAAAAUCGCGGUAAAAAUGUUUAAAUUUUAAGUUAUAUACAGUUUAAUUUAUUCCUAUGAUUUAUAAGUUAACGAUAGGUCGAGCCCGGCCGGAUUGAACCGAACAUCACUAAGCUCAAACUCGGCUUGAAUAACGAUUCGAACUGAAAAUCUAACCGUUUUCGACUUCAAAGCUUGUUAAGCUUGAGUCAUUAAAUUAAAUUUGAAAUCACGUUCAAACUCGAGUAGUUAAAAAAAAGCUUAGUUCGAUAACAACCCUAAAUUAAACAUUUUGUGUGCAGUAACAACUUUUUUUACUGCUUAGCCCACCCCACAUCCGGUUCCUGGAUCCGCCCCUGUGUGGAUGAUAUUAUUAUUACUGGCAAUUCUGAAUCAUCUGUUACCCAAUUUAUUUCAAUUAUCUCUAAACAUUUUGCUAUGAAAGACUUGGGUAAUCUCCAUUAUUUUCUGGGUGUUGAGGCUAUUCGUUCAGCUAAAGGUAUAUUUCUCUCUCGACAUAAAUAUGUUACUGACCUUCUAGCUCGUUUUCAUCUUCAUACUGUAAAGCCUGUUCGCACCCCAUUAGCUUCUCGUACUACUCUGUCUCUUUCUGAUGGUGAGUUAUUGUCUGAUUCUACUGAGUAUCGCAGCAUGAUAUGGUUGGUGCAUUACAAUAUUUAACUUUGACACGGCCAGAUAUUACUUAUGCAGUACACUUAGUGUCUCAGUUCAUGCAUGCUCCUCGUACCACUCAUCUUUUUGCAGUCAAGAGAAUUUUCAGGUACUUGCAGGGAACACGAGAUCAUGGUCUCUGGCUUCAGCAGUCUAAUCGGCCAACAUGUGUAGUUGCUUACUCCAAUGCAGAUUGGGCAGGUUGUCCUGAUAGUUCUCGGUCCACCACAGGUUUUGCUGUAUUUUUGGGUCCUAAUUUGGUUUCCUGGAAGACUAAGAAGCAGCCUACUGUGUCCAAGUCCUCCACAGAAGCGGAAUAUCGUGCCAUUGCUUACACAGUACAAGACACACUACAUAUCCGAUCAGUACUGUUCGAACUUGGAUGGCCUAUCUCAGAUCCGGCACAUUUAUUAUGUGAUAAUAUAUCUGCUUCUUACUUGACUGCAAAUCCAGUUCAGCAUGCUCGCAGUAAACAUAUUCAAAUUGAUUAUUGAUAGCCGUUAUAUUUACUUGUGUUUAACAUAAGUAUUUAUAAGUAUUUGUUGAAGAAAAGAAGAUAAAUUGGGAAAACAACUUCAAAAUGAGAGCUAAAGCAUAAAACAUUGUGAUGAACGGCUUUUGGGACCAAAAGGAUGACGUUUUGCCCAUAAUUUGAGUAUAACGUAUUUUAUAGAACUCGAAAUCACUCGAUCCGAGAUUCAUGUGAAUGUUAACUCAAUAAGGAACAAAUGUUAUGAAGACGUCAUGGGCAAAAUAUGAAAGGAACAAUACUCAAUCAACAAACAAAGUCAGAUGUUGCUGGUGGGAUUUAAGGAUGCAUACCUCUCAGUGUUUUAGCCAUAACGUUUGAUUGGAUGAAUAAAAUCACGUUAUUCAAGUUUUGGUGGAUGGAAGACUUCAUUAUCUACAACUUUAGUGAAGGAAUCAUGUCCAAAUUCGUAGCGGAACAUCCCCAAAAUCCCGGUACAAAAACCGACACUUUCUGAUCCAUUUCGGAGGAAGAGAAAGGAAGUAUAUUUUUUGGGCGCAGCAACCGGCGCCGGUCAGCAAUGAACCGGCGCCGGUCGGAACGUUUUUUCACGCACAAAUGAGCCCGUUUUCAACCGGGGCCGGUCAUCCUACCAACCGGCGCCGGUUGGGUCAUUUUUCUGCUAAAACACAACGACGUGCAAGCUUAUUCUUGAUGGGAAAACUUCAUCUUCCUCAUAUUUGAUCAAAUAUCUCCUCCAUACCUGAUUGUUGGGCUUGAAUAGACUAAAAGAUGACAUUCUUUAGCCUAUAUAAAGCCUUCAAUUCAUCAAACAUAAAUAUUCCAUUCCAUAGAUUAAUUCUUAGCUUUUAUAUUUUUGUUCUUGAUAUUUUCUUCAAGUUCUUGAGGAGGGAAGUUCAUCCUCCGAAAUCAUUGGUGUUUAGGUAUUAUUUCCUUUGUAAUUUCAUGUUCCAUUACAUUUAUUAUUGUAUUGUGAUUAAUAUGAGCA